UCACGUGACUGUGACAAACCCUUCCGCUCGUAUCGAAGUGCGCGUUUCUCAACCCAACGUGUGUAAACAAACACGGACAUUACCUAAUGUAGCACGAAGAGCGGUGUUCACUGUACGGAGUAAACAUGGUGAAGUGUGUGGUGCGGGGAUGCCAGAACCAAAGCGACCUGAAGCCGGGUGAAAUGCGCAACAGGCCCCGGAAGCGCUUUUUCAGUUUCCCCGCGGAUCAGGGCCGCGUUAGAGUGUGGAUGGCCGCGCUGCGGGAGUCAGGGCACUUCUCCACCGAGCACAAGAUCUGUGAGGACCACUUUCUGCCCGAGCACAUCACCCCCAGCGGCAUCAGUGCGGACGCCAUCCCCAUCAUGCCCCCUCUGGAGGGAGCGAUACUGAGCUCGGGCAGCUGGACCUCAUCGGUGGAACACAGCGAAGAGCUUUCAGACGCGAUUGAAGUGGUGACUGAAAUUCCAGCAGAUGAUGAGGAGGAUGAAGAUGAGCAAGACUAUGAUGAUGAUGAGGAUGAAGAUGAUGAUGAGGAGGAAUAUGAAGACUCUGAUUGUACAGAGGAAGAGCCAAUGCACAUCGAUGAGGAGGCUGAGAGAGAGUGGCUGGCAAGACUCCAAGAGAAUCUUAAAAGUUCCACAGAAAAGAAACGAGUCCGUACAAAAAAGGCCACCAUUCCUCGCUCAGAGGUAACGCUCGGACGGCUCACUAAGCGCUUCAUGGAUCUGCUCCACUCAGCUCCAGAAGGAAUUCUCGACCUCAACGAGGCCACAGAAAAACUAGGCACUCGCAAGAGGCGGGUAUAUGACAUCACUAACGUGCUCAACGGCAUUAAGCUCAUCACAAAGAAGUCAAAAAGCAAGAUCCAGUGGGUAGGUUCAUCACCAAUUAGCUGUUUCAAAAGCCAGUGGAAGAACAAGAUGAAGACUGAUCUGCUAAACCUAAAGUCUAUGGAGGAGUCUCUGGACUGGCUAAUUAAAGACUGCGCCCAGCAGCUGUUUGCUCUAACAGACCUCACUGAAAAUGCUAACUUAGCUUACGUGACGUAUGAAGACAUUUGUCAGGUUGCAGCCUUCCGGGAUCAGACCGUGAUAGCCAUCAAAGCUCCUGAGGAGACCAAGCUGGAGGUCCCUACACCCACUGAGGACUCAAUUAAGAUCCACCUGAAAGGCUCCAGAGGUCCUGUCCAUGUGCUGACGUGUGAAACGAGUGGGUCCAACACAACCACACAGUCCGAGCAGCUUAAAAACGGCCGUUUCCUAACGCUGGAGGAGAGCCGGAUAGAGACGACGACGCUCCUCACAGAUAUUCCAACCAUUUCCUCUGCCGUCCGGAGCGCGUAAAACUGUAAUCAUGGAACAGCCUAAACUGUGUCAAAAGGACUGCACCGUUCUCUGAUACAGACAAACUGCUGUUAAUCUUCAGGAUAGUUUAUUUGGUGACCUGCUGCUGUAUAAAUGUGAAAUAUGUUAAUAGGACCACAGAUUUAUAAGCUUUAUUUUUAUAUGUAUUAUUCUGAUCUUACUAAAGUGUUUUGGAAAAAAAACAGCACAUUGUUUUUGUUCAUGUGCUUGUACUAAUAUUCCACUAAGAAAGUAGUAAAGAUGUGAAGAAAGUAAAUGUUUAAAGAUCAGGUAGUUCAAUGUACAGUGUCAUGAAACUGUUCAAAAUUGCAAUUACAAGCAUUACAAAUUUCCUUCUUUGUAGUAAUAGUUGCUUUUUUCAGUACUUCCCAAACAAACAUGAUCAUGUGUUCUGUGUUGUGUUUUAAGUUUCAAUAAAAAAAAUCAACCACUUGAAAUAUUUAAUGCCUUUGGUGCAAUUAUAGAAAAGCUGAAGUUCGUUGAGAG